GCACCCUCCCCCGCCCAGCCCUCGCCUUCACUUGCCUGCUUUUCUGCGUUCCCCCCCCCCUCCUCCUCUCCUCGCCCGAGCCAUGUCUGCCCCGACUCCCGCCGCGCGCGCCGCGACCACCGCCGUCGCCGCCUAUCGGUCGAUCACCAACCUCACCAAGAAGACCCUGCCGAAGGCCAACCACGACGCGGUGCGGACGAUGCUCCGGGCGCAGAUCGCCGCCGGGCCCCGGCUGGACGGCCGCCUGCCGGAGCCGGGCAAGCCCUUUGUCUUUGCCACGUCCUACCGCGCCGGGGCCAACGACAUCCAGGACCUGGCGGUGUAUCUGGACUCGGUGUACCACCGGGAUCGCCUGGUCACCCUCUACAACACGCCCAUCGUGUCGGAGGAUAUGAUGGUCGAGCGGACGGCCGCCCGUGUGGGGCUCUCCCUGCCGCGCCUGACCGGCGAGAACCUGCGCGAGGACCUGACGCACUUCCACAACAAGGGGCAAACCGCCGCCGAGAUGGCCGCCAUGGCGGAGGACUUCUCCGAGAUGGUCAAGAACUGAGCCCGUCUGGCCUGCCUCCUCCGCGUGUCCCCCCGCCCCGGUGGUCUCCUCUGCUUUGUAGGGACAAGAGUUGCCACCGGAAAGGGGAAGCCCCCCACCCCAUCCAAUAGACGUCCAACCUCCUGUGCCCC